AUGGUGUGCGAUAAGUGUGAGAAGAAGUUAUCUAAAGUGAUAGUUCCGGAUAAGUGGAAGGAUGGUGCUCGCAAUUUAACUGAAGGUGGUGGUCGUAAAAUCAACGAGAACAAGCUUCUCUCCAAGAAAAAUAGAUGGACACCUUAUGGUACUGCUACCACGAAGUGCAUUAUCUGCAAGCAGCAAGUGCAUCAAGAUGGUAAAUACUGUCACACUUGUGCCUAUAGCAAAGGAGUUUGUGCGAUGUGCGGGAAGCAAGUUUUGGACACAAAGAUGUAUAAGCAAAGCAAUGUAUAA